AUGCAAGCAGGGGGGGUGCAAUGGGGGGCGGUGCAACCAGGGGGGGUGCAGUGGGGAGAGGGGGAGGCGCGGAGACAGGUGCAACUGGGGGAGAUGCGGGCAGGGUUGGGGGAGUUGCGGCUUGGUGUAUGGGGGGGAAGGGAGGCGCAGAGACAGGUGCAACUGGGGGAGAUGCGGGCAGGGUUGGGGGAGUUGCGGCUUGGUGCAUGGGGGGGAAGGGAGGCGCAGAGACAGCCGGGGGGACAGGUGCAGAGACAAGUGCGGCCGGGGGAGGCACUAGGUGGCGUGGCAGUGCUGCUGGAGAGGCUUCAACUGGUGGAGGUGUCUUUCUGGGAGAAGGGAGAGGUGGACGAUAUGAGGGAUGUUAUUAGUUCCCUCCCCCACCCGCCUCUCCUCCUAGACCUUUCCACUGAUCGAGGGGCACUCAUUGCCGCCCAUAUCUCUCGUCAUGCCGCCCGGAUUCACGCCCGUGCUGCCCAGGGCGUCUCUCAUGCUGCCGCCCAUACCCGCUGGCACCUUCCGUCCUUUGCGGGCGCUUCCGGGCAAGUGGUAGCAGUGCAAGCGACAGCAGCAGAGGCAGCAGCGCAAGAGAGGGUAGCAGAGGCAGCAGCACCAGAGGUGAUAGCAGGGCAAGUGGCAAUAGCAGGAGCAGCAGCGGCAGAGGAAAAGGUUGCGCAGGUGAGAGUAGCAGAAGAAGAAGCAGCCGAGACGAUAGAGGCAGCAGCACCAGGAACAUCAGCUGUUGCCGAUAGGGCAACAUCUCCUCCUCCUGCUGUUGCAGGGGCGAAUUCUCCUCCUCCUGCUGUGGCUGCAGCAGCUGGUGCAGCCCGUCACUUGUGCCGGCAGUGUGUGAGGGCCACUCGCCCUGUCAGACCAGCAUCCGCCCCUAUUCCCACUUCAGACGAGUGCUGCUGUGAGCUGGACUGGCUGGGGAAAGUGCUACUUCAAGCAGGUGCGGACAUGGCAGUGGGCAACAGGGGCGAGGAGACACCUCUUUACAUCGCCUCACUCAAAUGCCACCUCUGGGUGGUGCGGCAGCUGCUCACACCCACACAUACCCUUACACCCCUGCGCCACUCGGUCUCUCCCUCACUCCCCCACUCACAGGUGCUGCUACAAGCAGGUGCGGACAUGGCAGUGGGCAACCGGGGCGAGGAGACACCACUCUACAUCGCCUCACUCAAAGGCCACCUGUGGGUGGUGCGGCGGCUGCUGGGGCACUGCAGGAGGCGAGGGCUGGACUGGCAGGGGGAUGCAAGCCUGCACAGGGGAGCGGCUGCUGGGGCACUGCAGGAGGCGAGGGCUGGACUGGCAGGCAGGCAGAUGCGAGCAUUCACAGGGGAGGUGAGAUGUGAGGAGUGGAGAGGGGUGGGGAGGAGAGGUGAGGCAGGAGAGGUGAGGCAGAUGCGAGCUUGCACAGGGGAGGGCCACCUGCGGGUGGUGCGGCGGCUGCUGGGGCACUGCAGGAGGAGAGGGCUGGACUGGCAGGGGGAUGUGAGCCUCCACAGGGGAGGCUCUGGCUGGACGCCCCUCAUGGCAGCAGCACUGUCGAACCACACCCACGUGCUGCACUCAUCUUACUCCUUCCCUUCUGCUCCUCCUACGGCAAUUCCUUUCCACUCUCCCUAUGCAGGCUCUGGGUGGACACCCCUCAUGGCAGCAGCGCUGUCUAAUCACACCCACGUGCUGCACACUCUGCUGACCCACCAUGUACACACCCACCAAUCUCAAGACGACACAUCAUCACCAGCCUUUAUCAACAAGCAGAAUACCUAUGGCCUAACAGCACUGCACAUAGCAGCGAGGUACGGGUCCUUGGAUUGCAUUCAAUCUCUGCUGGCUGCAGGCGCGUUCACUGCCGUGCCGGACCUGUAUGGCGAGCGGCCGUCGGGCCUGGCGAGGAGGUUCGGGCAUUCCGAGGCUGUUCAGCUGCUGCUGGCGGUGGAAGAGGUGGAGAUUGGAUUGGGAGGGGAAGAAGAUGGGGGUAAUGGGAGCAAGGGGGGCGAUGAGGGAAAGGAUGGCAAGGGUGGCAAGGGGAAGAGGGCAAGGAGGAAGGGGAGGAAGGCCAAGGGCAUCGAGGAGAAUUGA